AUGUGGCAAAAAUUCUUCGAACACGAACCAAAAAUCAAAAUCUAUUUUCGUAUCAUCAUUGGAAUUCUCGCAAUUUUUCAUGUCGUUUUGGGAAUCGCUUGCAUCUUUCAAAUUUAUCGAGAACAAGCCGAAGUUCAGAAUUACAAUGAAAUCACAUUUGACGCAUUGAUAAAAGCUCAAAAUUCAAUGAGAAACACUGAAUUCCUACCAUUUGUCAUAUUUGGAUCAUUGCUCAUAUUUGCCAUUUUCCCAUUUUAUCCCAAUAUUGUGCUAAUUAUUUCAAUUGGUAUAGCUGAAAUCAUUAUUUUAAUUUUAUCUAAAACUUGGAAUUCGUUGAAUUUUAAAGCACAUUGCAAAGAAGUCGCUGGAAAGAAAGAGAUAAAACUGGCUUGUGAGAAAAUUGAAGCGGUUUUGGGAUUGAAUGUGCAUUUGGUGUCGGCUGGCAUCUUUGUGGGGCUUUUUACGAUUGGUGUUUUGGUGGCUGUUGCUGUGUGAGUUUUUGGUUUUUGGUUUGACGUUUUUAACUUUUAUUGGGGGUAUACGCUUAGGUAUUUGCCUAAAAUGAGCCUUAAUGCUUUUGCUUAAAAGCUUAGAUUCUUAUUUUAGUUUCUAAACCUUAGCCCUUCGUCUUUAGCUUAUUGUUAAGCCUAAAGCGUAUACCUAGGACUAUGUGACUCACGAUUAGGUCUCGGUCCAGGAAUGGGCCUACAAUUAGACCUUUGCUUAGCUCCCAUGAUUUUCAGCCUAUAUUUUUUUCCAGAAUUCAUAGACCAAAAUCGGCUGAAAAAAUUGUGGAAACCACCAGAAAAUCAUCACCAAUCAACUCGAAAUCGGAUGUUAUUUAA